AAAGUUAGCAGCGAACAUUUCACUCGCAGCGUGGCUUCCAGUUUUCGACAUCUCCAGGAUGUAAGGCACCUGGAUUUGCCCCUGACCCCGAUGUAUUAGAGCGUAAAUCUGAGAACGGAAGGGCAAGAGAAACGCAUCCAUUAGCACAUAUAAAAAUGAAACCACUUUUGCGCGACACAGUGAAACAUGGCCCCAAACUCUGUGCAGUGCGCACUCUUUAUUAUUUUUUUCGCAUCCUGCCUUACUCGAAGCUCUAGUCAAACAGACGGGACGCGAGCCUGUCGCUGUCAGGAGACUGUGUGUGCUUGUUGUCUCAGACUCAGACGGUUCGCCCUCAACAGCGACGUCUGCAGCACUCUAAUGUACAGUGCGGAAGAGCCAGCCAUCUCCCUGCUUGUCUCCUACAACGACAGGGAGGUCAUCAAGAGGACGCUCUCUGCCCGUGAGCCACCUCCGGUGUGCUUUUCUCCGUUCAACGAUCCCUUUUUGAACCGCGUGGCCAAACUGUGCGUGGCCUUCUACAACGUGACUUACAGCAGUCCCGGUGUAUCGGGCUGCAGUGAGCUUCAGGCCACUCUUGUGGGUCAGGUGAUCACAAACUACCCGCUAGGGUGCUUCUCUUUCAACCAGCCAUCCACUACCACCGGCUCGUCUCUCACAACGUCAGAUCUCAUCCAAGAACAAAAACAUGAAGUAGGCGGAGCUAAAGGUGACCAAUCAGAUGGCUUGUAA